UGCUCUCACGCAGCGGAAACCCGGAAGUGGAUGUUUAGGAAUGUUCAUGUUAUGAAGUGAAAGAGCAGAACUGAUCAAGAUUCAAAUUUUUCUCAAUUUAAUCUCAACAAGAUGAUUCCGAUAUCGAGCAGAAUGUGAAUCUCGUCAUGUUACUCAAACACAUCCGCCAGCGCAGUGCUGGUCGAGCGAAGGUGAGCCACGCUGUGGUGGUGAUUUUUCUGGAGUUUUUUGCCUGGGGUCUCUUGACCACACCGAUGCUCACAGUCCUGCAAAAAACCUUUCCACAGCACACAUUUCUCAUGAACGGUCUGAUUCAAGGUGUCAAGGGCUUUUUAUCGUUCAUGAGCGCUCCUCUGAUUGGUGCUUUGUCUGAUGUUUGGGGCAGAAAAAGUUUCUUGUUUCUGACAGUGUGUUUCACCUGCGCUCCCAUACCACUCAUGAUAUUCAGCCCAUGGUCUUUUUUUGCUCUGAUGUCAGUUUCUGGACUUUUCUCGGUUACAUUCUCUGUUAUAUUUGCAUAUGUAGCUGAUAUUACAGAAGAGGAGGAAAGAAGUACAGCAUAUGGACUGGUUUCUGCGACGUUUGCAGCGAGUUUAGUGACGAGUCCUGCUAUAGGAGCGUUUGUAUCUGUCAGAUAUGGAGACAGUCUCGUGGUCCUGCUCGCCACCAUCAUCGCGGUGUUGGAUAUUCUCUUUGUUCUGCUUAUUGUUCCUGAAUCUCUGCCAGAAAAAAUGAGAUUAUCAUCCUUUGGUUUUCCUAUUUCAUGGGAGCAGGCGGAUCCGUUUGCUUCUUUGAGGAAGGUUGGAAAAGACUCUACGGUUCUGCUCAUCUGUGUCACAGUUUUCCUCUCUUAUCUGCCUGAGGCCGGACAGUAUUCCAGCUUUUUCCUUUAUCUGGGACAGGUCAUACACUUCUCCUAUGAGGCGAUCGCGGGAUAUAUUGCGAUGGUUGGAAUUCUGUCCAUCGUUGCACAGACAUUACUUUUACCUGUUCUGAUGAAGAAGAUUGGAAAUAAGAAAACAGUGUUAUUGGGUCUUGGAUUUCAGCUGUUUCAGCUGGCCUGGUACGGCUUCGGCUCAGAACCAUGGAUGAUGUGGGCCGCCGGGGCGAUCGCUGCUAUGUCCAGCAUCAGUUUUCCUGCGGUAAGCGCGCUGGUGUCACACUGCACGGAUCGCGACCAGCAGGGAGCUGUUCAGGGAAUGAUCACUGGAAUUCGAGGUCUGUGUAACGGACUCGGUCCGGCUCUGUUCGGAUUCAUAUUCUUCCUCUUUAACGUGGAACUAAAAGAGAUGAGUCCGGUCGGGCCGAGUCACAUCUCACCCGACAAAGAUGAGAAGUCAGCUAUUCCCGGUCCUCCCUUUCUCUUCGGAGCGUGUAUGGUUCUGUUGGCUCUUCUGGUGGCCGUCUUUAUUCCCACACAACACACUUCAGAGGUAAAGACGUGCAGUACUCGGGUCAUGACAGAACUUGUAAGCGGUGGUGUCCCGGGGUCCAGCUCCAUUCCUGUGAGCGAUGAAGACAACGAGCCUCUUUUACAGGACAGUAGCUUGUCCGUCUGAAUACACUGUAUAAAGACCAGCAGCUUUUUAUCAAACGUCUAAAUGUUUCUUCUUGCUUUUUUAAUUCUUUGAAAGAAAAGGUGCCUUUAUAUUUUGGCAUAUUUUGCUCUGUAUCUGAAUGUAAAGUGUAGUCGGCCUUUAAUAUAUUCUUGAUGACCUUUAACCUCUGAACUUAUUAUGCAGAAUGCAAUAAUGAUGACGUCAUGUUUUCAUUAAACUCGAGUGACAGAUUUGUUUUAAACAGGCAGUGCGUUUUAUUAGAAGUAUAUAAAUACACAAAUAGACAGAAUUGAUAGUCUUCAGAUCAGACGACUCGGCUUUAAUGGAUGAAUUGCUUAUCCUGUAACUCAGUCAUGAAGCUCUUUCAGUUUUUGCAUUCGUUGUUUUAAUCCCAUGACUGAGAUUUUUAAGUUCUGUCACUUUUACAUCAGUGGUUUUACAGAAACUCGAUUUGAAUGGGUUUUAUUAGAUUUUUUUAUGUGAUUAAUUAAGUAAAGUGUCUUUUAAGUGAAUGUUAGACUGAAGGUCAAAAGAGUUUCAUUACAAAAAGCGACUCAAUAUAUUGAGCUCAGAUCUGACAGACAUGCUGAAGCAAUAAAACACAACAAACACAUACAUGAGCUUUACUUCUGAAUGGAUCACAUCAGGUAUGUUACAGUAUAAAGUUAGACGUGUACUUUAAUAGCACAGAGAUAGGAAAAUGUUUGGGGACCUGACUAUUAUGCAUACUUGAAACUGAUAUCAGAUGAGUGAAUUUGUGCAGUCUGUAGAUGGCUGUGCUUUAACCACUCGACUGAAGUGAAGUCAUUAUAAUUCUAGAUAUUUUAUCAUUGAACUGCACUUUGUUUUUGAAUGAUGUUACUGCUCCACGUGCCAUUCCUCUUGUGUCAUUCUGUAAACUGAUGAUCGUUGGUGUUUAGAUGACUUCUGAAGAAACAUCAUCAACUGAACACUGCAGACAAACAACUUACUUUGUUAUAAGCAUUUGUUGAUUUAUUCAUUGAUCAAUCAAUGUUUCAAUAAACCACUUCAUAUUCCAUCA